AUGUUCAACGAUUGGCUACUUCUUUAUACAAACAUUGCUUCACUUAAUGCUAAAUUUACUGAAUUUGUAUGUAAUAUUCAAUUAAUAACACCUCAUAUUAUCUGUAUAGCUGAAAGUUGGUUGAAUAAUAAUAUUCCUGACUCUUUAAUUGCCAUACCUAGUUACACUAUUUAUCGUAAAGACCGACAAAAUCGCGUAGGAGGUGGGGUCUGUAUUUAUCUUUCGGAGUUAAUUACUAAUAACUUUUCUAUUUGUGCUAAAGAUAUUCAGACUGCCGGAUUAGAUAUUCUUCACCUGACUAUCACCAGAAAUUCAUUUACCAUGAAUCUAAUUUGCUUGUAUCGUCCCCCUGAUACCCAACCAGGAACUGAUAAUCUUUUUAUUGAAUUACUUGAGGAAAUAUCACUUCUUGACAAUCUUGUUAUCGUAGGUGACUUUAACUUUCCCGAUAUCUCAUGGCCAGCUAUUUCGUUAACUGACGGUGUUAGCUCUCAUAAUUUAUUUAAAAAUUUUAUUAUAAAUUCCAACCUGUCGCAACUUAUCACCAAACCUACUAGAUUUAGACUUAAUAACCAACCAUCAACGGUCGACCUGGUAAUUACAAACGAAGAACAAUUAAUUUCAACGAUAGACAUAUCUUCUCCAAUUGGAAAAUCCGAUCAUGCAGUGAUAACUUUCCACAUUCAGUUUAACUUAUCGAAAAGUCUUAACAAAAUGUAUUCAAAGACUAUAACAGUUACAGAUUUCUUUAAAGUUAAUUCCGCUUUACAUCAACUUAAUUGGAAUAACCUUUUUCAUAACUUAAUCGAUCCCUCGUCAAUGUGGGACACUUUUCUUGACACUGCCACUAGAACUAUUUCAGUUCAUACAACUGAACGUCAGCUGUUUAGAAAUCAAUUAAAACCUUGGAUCAACCUUGCCGCUACACGCUUAAUUCGACAUAAACGGAAGCUUUGGCAAUCUUAUAAACGCACAGGUUCCCUUGAUGAUUUUCUUGUUCACCGUAGAUUUUCCAAUAGAGUAAAACAAUCUUUGCUAAACCUAAGGAAAGAUUUUGAAGAAUCUAUCAUUGCAAGUGAUAAUAACUGCAUAAAGGCAAUUGAAAGUGUAAAACAUGAUAAGCACAUAACCAUCUUGAAAAAAGGGCUCUUAGCUUGUGAGUCAUGUAUAAUUUAUGUUAGAACCAAACUGCCAACAUUAAAUAAAGACCCGACUUUUGGUUGCAGUGUGAUACUUAUGUACAAGGUGGACAGCUACACAUACCUUGGUAUCAACAUCAAUAACCAAUGA